AUGGGUGCAGUCUGUCGCUAUUAGUAAUAGGGCUCUGAAACUUACUAAAAUUAAGAAAUACAAGGAUUUCUCCCUAUUUCAAAAGAGUUAAAACCAAAAUCUAUUAAUAACAGUAUUAAGCAUGAUUUAAAGGCUAAAUAUCAAGAGAUUGAUUGUCACAUUUGCAAUAGACCUCAAAUGAUAGAAAAUGCUUCUUAAACGUAACUUUCGUUUUACAAUAUUACUCAAUUUGCCACUUUAAAGAAGAAUAAGUCAAAACCUUAGAAAAACAAGAAAAAGUAAAAAAGCAAGGAUAAAUUAAUUUUUGACAAUUUUAAAACAAAUAAACAAUGUUCAGUAAGUCAAUCAUCAUAAACCUAAAAUAAACUAUAAAAAUAUUAAACUUGCAAGAAUUAAGUAAAAGAAAAACAAUAAGACUCUUAACAAUAUGUAGUAAUGAUUAACUCUCAAAUUUAAUCAAUAUCUAAUAAUGUAUGUUAAAAAUAAAUAAAAAAUUGA